AUGAAAUUCGAAAUAAGUCCCUUUUUGGGUCAAAGGCAUCUUCAGAUACUUUUACUGUUCCUAUCUAUAACUGUCAAUUAUAUUGCCAAAUUUAAUGCCAGUGUAUCUGUGGUAGCCAUGACUAAUGCUGAAUCAACAAAUCCCGAUUUUCCGGAAUACGAUUGGACCGAGAUGCAAAAAUCCUAUAUACUAUCCAGUUUCUUUUGGGGCUACUUUGUAACACAGUUUCCCGGUGGUUAUUUGUGUCGACGUUUUGGUGCUAAAAAAACAAUGUUCGUGUCUACACUAGGCUCUGCAGUAUUUGCUCUACUCAUUCCCUUUACUGUAGAUUGGGGUGGUUGGCAGGUCUAUUGUGGCAUACGUGUGGUGCAGGGUCUAUUUCAAGGACUACUUUUUCCCUGUAUUCAUGCCUAUUUAGCCGCCUGGUGUCCGGUUAGUGAACGUAAUCGUUUGGGUGCUUUAGCCAAUACAGGCAUUGAAUGUGGUACAGUAAUGGCCAUGUUUUUGAGUGGUAUUAUAGCAGCUUCUUCAAUGGGUUGGCCUGGUAUUUCCUACAUAUCAUUUGCUGUAGGUGCUGUCUGGUGUAUUUUAUGGCUUAUUUUUGCUGCCAAUAGUCCUAAUGAAUCGAAACUUAUAUCAGAGGAGGAAAGAACUUAUAUAGAAGAUUCUAAAAAUGCUUUGAAAGAACAUACUGCUAGUACUACACCUAAAUCUAUACCUGUACCUUGGCAUGCCAUUCUCACUUCAUGGCCAUUUUGGGCUUUACUUGUAGCACGCUCAGCUCACUCAUGGGGCUUCUCAACGUUGCAAGCUGAAAUUCCCUCCUAUAUGAAUGGUGUUUUAGGCUUAAAUAUGAAAGAUAAUGCUUUGUUCUCAGCCCUGCCCUAUUUUGCCAUGUGGUGUAUGUCAUAUGUCUAUCUUAUAUUAUCGGAUAUUUUGCUGCAAUCAAAAAUCUUAACUCUGACUGCCUUAAGGAAAACCUUAAAUUCAUUGGCUCUUUGGGUACCAGCUGCCGGUCUUAUACUUCUUGGUUUUGUGAGUGAGAAUCAAAAAACAUUAGCCAUUGUUCUAAUGACCGCUAGUGUGGGUAUUAACGCUGGCAAUACCAUUGGUAGUGCUCUCAAUACAAUCGAUCUCUCACCCAAUCAUGCGGGUAUUUUAAUGGGUAUAGUUAAUACCUCCGCCAAUGUAAUACCCAUUUUAACACCUUUACUAGUGGGUCUUAUUGUACAGGAUGAGACUGAUCGUACCGAAUGGCAAAUUGUAUUUGCCAUUUCAGCUGUAGUUUUCUUUGUGGGCAAUUUGUUUUACAUAGUCUUUGGUUCUAUGCAAUUACAACCUUGGGAUGAUGAAAAUUUUCUUUUAUCGGGUGAUGUACAAAAUAUGGAAAAAAGUGAAAAACAAUCAAAAGAUAUUAGGAAUUAAUUGCAGAAUUUAGAAUUAAUUAUUAUGAUCGUUCACUGGCCAGUUUUUUGGAAUUGAAAAAUCGGUAAACUGUAGGGUAA